GUAUUUUAAUUCAAAUUAUAACAAGUUAUUAAAUUAUUAUAAUAAACAUAAUUAUUAAAAACUUGGUGUUAAUUAUUCAAUGGGUUGUAGAAAAAACUUUCGCAUAUUAUUAAAAGUUAUUAUAUCAGUGGCUUGUCUUACAAUAUGCUCGUAUCAGAUCUAUAUCGUCGGUAUACUAUAUCUAUCAUAUCCCACAACAAUUGACUUAAGAGUCAGUAAGUCAUUGAAUGUCCAUUUACCUGGUAUUACCAUUUGCACGGAAAUUUCAACCACGAUAUUACCGGAAAAAAUUGUUGAAAUACAGCCUACACUUUAUUCAGUACUUCAUGGUAAAAGUCAAAGACAGGUAUCGUAUUUGUUGAGAAAGAAGGCAUUCCGUCAACUAUUAGAAGAGCCAUUGAGGACAUUACCCAUUCAUUUACAACAUCAGUACACAAUAAAUGCUAACAACUUCUUUGACAAGUGUGAAGUGCCAACACCUGUAGGUUAUCAAAAGGGGUUUACUUAUAGCAACACAAAAAUCAAUUGCAGUGCUAUUUCAAAGAUAGUCGAAACCAUCUCUUAUGAUACCAAAUGUUAUACACUUUUCUAUAAUAAUGUGGAAAAUUAUGAUCAAAAUAAAUAUAAAAUAAAGAGAGAUAUGGCCGCUAAUCUCAAAUAUUUAGCUUGGAUUAGACUUAAUAGGGAUUACAUACUAAAUGGUCUAAUUUUUAUUCAUUCACCAAAAGAAUUACAUCAAUAUUCUGUCGGCAAUAAUGUAAUGCAAAUAAAUCCAAAUACCGAGCAAUUUGUGGGAAUUAGUUUCACUCGUCAGACAACAUCACUACUACCGCAUCCGUAUGCAACUCAAUGCAAGAAUUAUAGUCUCGAAGGGUUUACAUCACGAGAUCACUGUUUAGCUGAUUGCAAAGUCACUGAAUAUACCAGAGCUGAUGGAUGGCCGGGAGAUAUCUUUGCCACCAAUAAUAUUACAUAUACUUUCUCUAAUCUUUGGAUUAAUAAGAAGAGUCCUUCGGGUCAUCUCGAAGAAGGUCUUUCAGUGGAUGAGUUAUGCAGGAAAAAGUGCGGUGACUUUGAAGACUGUUAUAAUAUAUUUUAUGAAGUGAAGGCAUUGCGAAUAAUGGAAAGGGAUGAAGACGAUUACGAACAAAAUGAUUGGAUCACUAUUGGUAUUCUUCCUCCGAAGUCAGUCGACAUGACUUUAGUACAUCAACCCAAAUAUGAAACCGUGGAACUGGCGAUAUACAUCGGAGGACUAAUUAGUUUAUAUUUAGGAGUUAGUGUUGUCUCAGUGAUUGUCGCUAUCUUUGCAUUCAUUACAUUCACAGCCAAACCAUUUAGUCGUAAAAAGAAGUACACGACUAAUGUCAAGACAAAAGAUUAUAAAAAUGGUAUUCAAACAAAUGGCUUAAGUCAUCAAAAUAGUCAACCGGUAAAUAAUACCGGAGCUGAUUGUGACACUCAUUUAGUUGAUGAACACCAGUCGACAACUGUUGCCAUUCCUGAAGCACAACAAACACCCAGAGCUAGACUGCCGGGAAUUUUACAUUUUAUGUCACCAUGA